AUGGACAUAUAUGAGCUUGUCCGAAACGAUCAGCAUGAGCAAAUAUAUGCAGUUGAACAUCCUGAGUUUGGACGUUUCAGGGCCGUGGCAUGCAUAUUCCUUGGGAGAUAUGAAGAAGCACUUAAGUAUGCGGAGAGGAAAUCUUUUGAGGCAGCAUAUUCACUUUACAAGCUAAAGAAGUACAAGAAAGCGCUUAGAAUCCUGAAAUGGAUAGACAGCGAAGGGAGCAGAGUUCUUAGCUCACAAUGUUUGUUUUACUUGGGAUAUUAUGGUAGUGCAUAUAAGAUGCUUUCUAAGAUAAAGAUGGACGAUGAUGUAGCGGUGAAUCUACAGGCAAUGAAGUCUAUGGCUAUUUUAGCAGAUAAGAAUUUGUAUGAGUAUGGAAAUAGGUUCCAGAUAAGGAAGAUGGAUGAUGUUGAUGGAUUUGAUGAUAUUAAGGAGUAUAAUAUGAAAAGUGCAGAAGGACGGGUGGAUCUGGUGUUUAAUGAGUCUUUUGAGCAUCUUUUUGACGAGAAGCGAUUUCUUGAGUUUUUGAAGAUGCAAGCUGUGAAAGCAGAGAUGAAGGGGACAAUAGUAGAGGAGCAGCUAAAGAAUGUUUGUGGACAAGAAGUGUGCAUACCUUUGCUAUCCAAGAGUCAAAAGAAGACUGUGGAGUAUAAUGAAGGAAUUAUUGAUGCGAUUUCUAUGCCGAUACAUUUCCAAAGAAACUUUGCUAGAUAUAAUGUUUUGGAGACCAAGUAUAAGAGCAAUGAAUGUGCAUGGAUUGAUAUGGCUUACAUUAAGGAUGAGAAUGGUAAAUACAGACUGAAUGAAGGCGUAGACAUUGCAAAGAUACCUGCGAUUUCUGCAAAGAUGGUGUUGUUGAGAAUCCUUGUGAUGUGGAAGAAUGGGAAAAGCAACCGAAGGAUAGCAAGUGAAAUCAAGAGAUUACCUGAGGAAGUGGCAAAUAAGUAUCUCAGUGUAUUUGAACCUGGAAAGGUGGUUGAUAGGAAUACAUAUGUUAAGAUAUCUAAGGAGUUGAUGAAUUAA